AUGCUUUACUAUGUGGUGUCUUUGUUGAGGUGAGUGAUGAGGCUUUUAAUGUUGAUUUUGAAGGGGGAAUUUCGAGAUUUUUUGAAGGGAAAUCGUUGAAAAAAAGAGGAAAAAUCUUGAAUUUUCCUAAAUUUUUUGUUGAAUAAAGGUUUAUUUUGGUCUAAAAUAGCCUUAUGGAGUCUUAAAAGCCUCUUUUCGUUUACCGACCGGUCGAAAGGAAUUUUUGAAAUUUUUUUUUAAUUCCUAAUAUUUCCUCUAAAAGCUCAAUUUUCAGUCAAAUUUACUGCGAUGGUCCGAUUCUCCAAGCUGUCCAAGAUGCCCGCCUAUAUCCAGACUCCAAAUAUUUCGUGGACAUGCCUCUAAAACAAGACCCAGGUAAGAAAGUUUAUAAAAAUUUUUGAUUCAAUUUUUAGUCACAACCCUCAAAGACUUCUACGAGCUCGGCGAGAGUGCGAAGAAUGCGUCCGUCCUCCAGAAAUUCGUGGAUUCGCAUUUCGAGGAGCCGGGUCACGAGCUGAUCGAAGUCUACCCCGAAGAUUGGGUCCCAUUUCCGCACAGCUUCCAGAAAAUCGAAGACGUUUAUCUGCGACGCUGGGCGCUGCAUUUGCAUCGGAUUUGGAGGGAUUUGUGCCGAAAGGUGAGAAGUUAUAUCGAAAAUUCGAAUAUUCAAAAAUUUUAGGUCAAAGAAGAUGUCCGAACCCAUCAGGAGCGAUAUUCGUUGCUCUACGUGCCACAUAUGUUUAUUAUACCGGGUGGAAGGUUCCGCGAGUUCUAUUAUUGGCAAGUUUUCGAGAUUUUUCGUCUUUUUUAUACCUAAAAUAAGGUUUUUUAAUCUCAAAAUUCAAUUUUAGGGAUACAUUCUGGAUUGUCAAGGGUUUAUUGUACUCGGAGAUGUACGAGACAGCUCGAGGUGUAAUUCUGAAUCUUGCGUAUAUGGUGGAUCAGUAAGUUUUUCGAAAUUUCAAAAGUUUUUUUUGCGUUUUUUCGAAGUUCUUUUUGGAAUGGAAAGAGCGAGAAAAGCGCUCUUUUCCCUUCUCUCUUCAAACGAACCGACGAAGCAGUGCGGCUCAGUGGUCUAGUGGUAUGAUUCUCGCUUUGGGUGCGAGAGGCCCCGGUUUCGAUCACCGGCUGAGCCCAAAAUUUUUCUUUUGGUUUUUUGAUUAAAUUUUUGAAUUUUCUUUUGAAAAAGUGUUUGAUAAUAAAUUUUGAUGCUUUUUGUUACGUUCUAACUUUAAAAAAUCCCGUUUUCAGUCAUGGAUUUAUCCCGAAUGGAGGCAGAGUUUACUAUUUGACCCGAUCUCAGCCCCCUCUGUUGAUCGCUAUGGUUUAUGAGUACUUCUUGGCUACGGGUGAUCUUGAUUUUGUCUUGGUAAGCCCUCAGCAACAUUUUGGUUGUAUUAUGGGUGAUUUUUAGAAUGUUUUACCUCUCCUGGAGAAAGAAUAUUCGUUUUGGAUCAAAAAUCGUCGGCAGGAUUAUUAUGAUCCAAAAACGAACCAGACCUUGUUCCAUUACUUCCAAUAUAAAGUCCACAUGCGAUUCCCGAGACCAGAGUCCUACAGAGAAGACAUGGAAUUGGUGGCGGGACUUCCGACCAUGGGUAAGUUGGGAAAAGUUGAAAUUAAAAAUGGAUCUGUUCCGGAAGGUCAUAAAAAAUAUUGAGAGCUCUGCAGAAAAAUAAUUUUUAUCGUUUGUUGACAAAAAAUGGCCAAAAACGCUUUUUCUCUGUGACCGCUCUCCGCUUUCGCGUACUGUCUCGUGGGUUGCACAGUGCGAAAAUCUUCGCGACAAGAAGUCUAUGCUUAUUUGAAAAAGCGUGGUAUCAGUCUGUCGGGAAAAUAAUGUGGCGAUUCCUCGCGCCUUGAAAUCACCCAUCCUCGCUUUGCAACGGCUGGCCGCGGCUGGAGAUUUGGUGCAGCGACAGCGACGAGACAUUUUGCAGUGCUCAAAAACUAAUCAGUCUGUUGGGAAAAUAAUGUGGAGUUGUUGCUACAAAAUAUCUCACCGCAGUCGCACACCAAAUCUCCAGCCGCGGCUAGCCGUCGCAAAGCGAGAAUGAGUGAUUUCAAGGCGCGAGGAAUCCACAUUAUUUUCCCGACAGACUGAUACAACGUUUUUCAAAAGUUCGUAGUCAUUUCGUCGUGAAGCUUUUCGCAUUAUGCAACCCACGAAAGAGUUCGCGAAAGCGGAGAGCGGUCGCAGAGAAAGGGCCUUUUUGGCCAUUUUUUGCCAACAAGCGAUAAAAAAAAAAUUUCUGGAAAGCUAUCAAUAUUUUUUAUGACCUUUCGAAACAAGGCCCGGCCCUGAAGCCAUGUCUUAUCCGGCAGCACUACAGUGGGGGACCUGAUCCAGCGGCAAAAAACGGAACUGGGACGAUUGGGGAAAAAGACGAUUGGGGAAAGGGACGAUUGGGGAAAAAGACGAUUGGGGAAAAGUACGAUUGGGGAAACCGAAAAGUAUUAUUUUCUUCGAUGCAAAUGUCGAAAUUAGGAUAAUCGAGGGUGCUCAUUUCGAAAAUGACAUUCAUUUUUUUGAUUCUUACUUUUUUCCUUAAGUAGUACUGUAAAGUAGUAAUUUUUAAUUUUUUUUUCAUAAAUACUCGAUUUAGGGGCUUUCGAGGGUGCUGAUUUCGAAAAUCAUGUAAAUUUUUCCUCUAGUACUACAUAGUACUAUUCUGAUACUAUAUAGUACGAAGUGAAAAUAUGGCUUUUGACGUUAAUGGUGUUGUUUUGAUGCUUAGUACUCUUCAAAAACACGUUUUAAAGACUUGGUGCUAUAUAGUACUACCUGAUACUAUGUAGUACGAGGUGUAAAGUUGGCCUUUAGGCUUCGUGGUGUUGUUCUGGUGCUUAGUACGCCUAUUUUUACUUCGUACUACAUAGUAUCAGACAGUACUAUAUAGCACCAAGUCUUUAAAACGUGUUUUUGAAGAGUACUAAGCAUCAAAACAACACCAUUAACGUCAAAAGCCAUAUUUUCACUUCGUACUAUAUAGUAUCAGAAUAGUACUAUGUAGUACUAGAGGAAAAAUUUACAUGAUUUUCGAAAUCAGCACCCUCGAAAACCCCCAAAUCGAGUAUUUAUGAAAAAAAAAUUAAAAAUUACUACUUUACAGUACUACUUAAGGAAAAAAGUAAGAAUCAAAAAAAUGAAUGUCAUUUUCGAAAUGAGCACCCUCGAUUAUCCUAACUUCGACAUUUGCAUGGAAGAAAAAUAAUACUUUUCGGUUUCCCCAAUCGUACUUUUCCCCAAUCGUCUUUUUCCCCAAUCGUCCCUUUCCCCAAUCGUCUUUUUCCCCAAUCGUCCAACUCCGGCAAAAAACGUAUCAUUUUGCAUCCGGGAAGUAUCAAAAAUGUGGCAAAAUGCUUCCCUCUCCAAAUGAAAACACUCCGAUUUCAAAAGCUCUUUUUGUGAGAGAAAGGGCCCUUCAAAACGGAGUUUUUUUCGCUUGGAGAGGGAAGCAUUUUGCCACAUUUUUGAUGCUUCCCGGAUGCAAAAUGGUACGUUUUUUUGCCACUGGAUCGGGUCCGUCACUGUAACUAUGCUCCGCAAUUUCAGCGGAAAAAGAGCGAGUUUGGUCGAAUCUGGCGAGUGGCGCCGAGACCGGCUGGGACUUUUCGACUCGCUGGUUCGCCCGCGAAGGCCCGCAUGUCCAGACGCUGAAAUCCAUCCGCACCACGUCGAUUGUGCCGGUCGAUUUGAACGCGUUUAUGUGCAUAAACUCGCGGAUCCUCGCCUCGUUCUUCGAGAUCGCCGGCGACAUUCACAAGACCGCCCGAUACAAUCGCGAGUACGAGAACAUGAAGACGGCGAUUCGGAGUUUGCAUUGGAACGACGAGGACGGGAUCUGGUACGAUUUCGACCUGGAGAGCAAGAAACAUUCCAACACGUACUACGUCUCGAAUGCACUGCCCUUGUAUGCGAAAUGCUUUGACGAUGAGGAUGAAGUCACACCGUUCAGGGUGUACGAGUAUUUGAAGGUCAGAUUUUGAUGAAUUUUUCUUGAGUUUUUAGCGAGUCGAGAUAUCCAAUGAUUUGCUAUCAGUCUGUCGGGUAAAUAAUGUGGGUUUGUCGCGCUUUGCAAUCGCCCAUCAUCGCUUUGCGACGGCUAGCCGCGGCUGGGAGUUUGAUACACGACAGCGACGAGGCGAGAAAUUUUUCUGCCACAAAUCCACAUUAUUUUCCCGACUGACUGAUAAUAUUAUAUGUAUUAGUGUUCUCAUAAAGUGCAUGGACAUUUGUCGCGCCCCGCAUCGUUCACAAAAAACCCCCACUUCUUCGUUUUCGCACAGUGCGUUUUAAAACCUUAUCCAAUGCUUGUCGCUAACGCACAGUGCAUCUUUUUCUUUUCGCACGGUGCAAACCUCAAGAAAACCCGUUUGCACUGUGCAGAUCGAUAGUAAUACGCCAAAACAUGGAUUUUUACAAGCUGUGAUGAUUUUGAAAAUCAUUUUUUGUCCCUUUUUUUACAUCUUGAUUUUUCAGCGGGAAGGUGUUCUCAACUUCACCAAAGGCAUUCCCACUUCCCUGGCCAUGGGAAGCGAGCAACAAUGGGACAAGGAGAACGCCUGGCCACCCAUGGUGCACAUGGUGAUUGAGGGUUUUCGGACGACGGGUGAUCCAAAACUAAUGAAGGUAGCCGAACUGAUGGCCACUCAAUGGCUGGCUGCGAAUUACAAGGCCUAUGUGAACACGUACGCCAUGUUUGAGAAGUACAAUGUUAGCACAUUGACUGAGGAGUUUGGAGCUGGCGGAGGAGGAGAAUACGAGGUUCAGGUGAGCAGAGUGAUGUGGAUGAUAUAUGAAUGA